AUGUGUGGCAGCUAUUAUGGAAACUACUAUGGCAGCCGUGGCUAUGGCUGCUGUGGCUAUGGAGGACUGGGCUAUGGAGGCCUGGGCUAUGGCUGUGGACUGGGCUACGGCUGUGGACUGGGCUAUGGCUGUCGCCUGGGCUAUGGCUAUGGAGGACUAGGCUGUGGCUAUGGCUGUGGCUUUGGCAGACUGGGCUGUGGCUAUGGCUAUGGCUCCCGUUCUCUCUGUGGCUCUGGCUAUGGCUCUGGAUUUGGCUACUACUACUGA